ACUCUCGCGAUUUUGCUUUUAAAUUCUUGCUAAAAUCUCUACGGGUUCGUGCGAUUUGCGCUGUGUUUGAGGCUUCAACAACAGUUUCCUAAGAUCAAAAACAGAAAUUGAGGAGAUGUUUUCAGAAUGGACCAUGAGUGUAGUGGGGAGUGAGGUGAUGCCCCUGGAUUACGGGAGCAUGGAUUCGGAGAGCAGUCCAUCUCCCACCAGUUCGGAGAGGACGGUGGAGGAGAGGAGGGAGCAAAGGGUAGUAGAGGAGGACGAAGAUGAGAUCCCCUCAAACAUUUUGGAGGCUGGGAGUAGCGUAGAUGGGUGCUAUGACCCAGAUUUAGAGAUAGUGUCUGAGGUGAGGGGAUAUGUGACUGAACUGGGUAGCAGAGGUAGUCUUAGGGGCAUCGUGGGUAACUGCAACCUUCCUCACCAUGUCCUACUUAGACCUGCCAGGGCUGGGGGUAAGGGGGAGAAGAGGUGGUAUUACUUUGGUCUUCGGUCGUCCAGCAAAGAUAAUAGGAGUUUAUUCUCUAUUGGACUGUCAUCCAUCAAAGGAUGGAAAGAAAAAUUCUUCUUUGUGGAUGACACCGAGUGGAGUAGGAGGGAUGCCAGAGUGGAACAGUUGUCUGCUUGGAAAGCUAAGAAAACCAAGCAGAACAACUAUAAGUUAAAUGAGGAUGAGGUGGAAGAGGUAGAAAAGCUGGUGAGGGAGGAAGGAGAUGUAGUGGACAUCCUGUACCUCACCAGCCUGAAGGCAAUAGAGGCUGCUGAGCUCUAUGGGCCAAGCUCAUUGAGCGAAGCUGAGAUGAACGAGUUCAUUAAUGCUGCUGGGGGCCUGUGCAUCCCAAAGAAACCAAGGAAGAAGUUAAAGACUUCAACUGCGGCGGAGAAGGGGUUGGCAGAGAGGGAGCGGCUGUCCAGCACUUCUGCCCGGGCAUUGGAGGUGCAGCCAAGGCCAGAGCCUGUGAUGGGGGGUAGUGAGGAUGUGAGCGAGAAGGUGGCACCGCUCCAAAGGAAGAAGAGGGGGGUGGCAAAGCCAGAAGCCAGGGGGGAUGAGGUGGUGGAGUUUGUGCCUCGGCCUUCUCCUCUAGAAAUUGAUCCUGAAGUCUGGGAGAGGGAGGAGGCCGAGGUACGAGGUCCUGGCAAAGGCAAGGGGCCUUUCUCCCAACCUUCGUUCCAGAAGAGUUUGUUCGAAGCAACAAACACUACUGGGGCGAAGCGCUUCCUCAACGCUACCCUUCUUGAGAAGGAGAGGGAAGAGCUGCAGAAGGAGAAGGAAGACUGGGAGAGGGAGAAGGGGGAGAUGCAGAGGAGGCUGGAUGAAGUUCUCCCUUCAGUGACCGAGCUCCAGAACGACAAUGAUGUCUUGAGCAUGAAGCUUGCCCUUGAAGAAUGUAAGAGGAAGAUCUGUGAAGAGAAGCUCAAACCUCAAGACAAAUAUAUUGACAACAUGAGGAAAGGAGCGACGGAGCUGAAGAAGAACAUGAAUCUGCUGGUUCACAACGGGAUGGAGGAGCACAUUGGCAAUUUCCUCAACUCCAGCACCUUCGAGAACAUCCUUAAGCUGUACGGGCUACCAACCGCAAUCGUGGCCUUCACCGAUUGUAGAAAGAAGGUGAAGGCCCAGUACCCAGAGGUGGACGUGACAACGAUCACCUUUGGGGAACAAGAAGAAGGAGUGGAGGAGGAUGGUGAGAGUCUUUUUGCUGACUUCCGACCUCUGAUCAAGCUGAGGUGGGAGCAUGACGCAGAGGGACGCACUAUCUUCCCUCCAGCCUUUGAUGCUGAGCUGGUGGCAGUGGAGGAAGGAGAAGAAGAAGAAGAAGAAGCGCGAGGAGCUGAAGCUGAGGAUCAGGCAUACUUGCCUGAAGUGCAGCCUCCCGAGGUGCAUCAAGUCUCUUCUGACGAAGUGCAGCAGUUGGGUCCUCCUGAAGUAGAAGUGCCGCCCUUGCCUACUGGGGAUGAGUCGCCUCCACCACCUCUUCCUGCUAAGGAGUAGCCUCUUCCUCUAGCAGAGUAGUUUAGGUGUUUUCAUUUUGUAGUUAUUUUUGUAAAGAACAUUUUUGUAAUUGAUGUUUGAAAAUUUUAUAAAAUUUUUGAAUUUUA